AUGGUUUAUUUCAUUAAAAUACAUAAUACAUUGAUUUAGUUAAUUAAGCUGUAAUAUAAAAACUUUCAAAAUAAAAAGAAAGAUUAAUUCCAUUAUGUGUUAACAUUAUUUAUUAUUUUUUUUAAUAAAAAUAUAAUUUAAAUACCGAAGUAUAAAUAAAGUUGAAAGAUUUUAUAUUGGAUAAAUAAAUCAAAUAUGAGAAUAAAAUGAAAAUUAGCAAAAUUUAAAAAAAAAUUUCAACUUGAUGAAGAAACAGAUUAAUUUAUUAAAUAGCUUUCUCUAAAAGAGAAUUUGAAAUAUGAAAAUCUAUGCACUUCAACAAAACAAAUUGAAUUGCUACCUGAAAAUUUUAAAUAAAGAAAUUUGAUAUUAUAGGAUACUAGAAAUUCAAAACUUUUAUUAUAAGUUAUUUCUCAUUUAGAAAAUUACAGUAAUAAAUAAGAAAUAUCUAAUGAAAUAAUCAAAAAUAUUGUAUUAUUGCUUUCAAAUAAAGAGGUAAAAGAUAAAUGUUUAAAUUUAAUUAAAUCAAAUUAACUAUUUCUCAAUAUAUUUUCUCAUUUUUAAUAGAUAAUUAUGAAGAAGAUCUUUAAAAAGCAUCUUUUUUAACUAUAACUAUAGAAAUUAGACAUUAAUUGA